CUGGAACUUUGUUUUUCUAUUUUUUUUCAGCAUUUCUUUUAAACAUUUUGACAGUGUGUUCAGGCUUUCUGACCCCCUUUUUCAAGUUUUAUCGAAGUGAGGCCAAGUGCCGCAUUAACAGAUCACAAUGAUGACCAAACCUUAUGGAAAACCAGGGGAUGUGACUGAGCUAGUCAGCGCUCUUGGAUGGAUGGAGGAAGACCUCAGCUCACAGGAUGGUGACCGGACACCUGAGAUAGGUCACUAUGCGCUACACAGGAGACCUGUAGAGAUUGGCAGUGAGGAUAUGGAGGAAGAGGAGGAGGAGGAAGAGGAAGAAUUGGGUCUCGACGGAGAAAAGGCACCCAAGCGAAGAGGUCCUAAAAAGAAGAAAAUGACCAAAGCCAGACAAGAACGUUUCCGUGCCCGACGCGUCAAGGCCAAUGCCAGGGAACGCUCACGCAUGCAUGGGCUGAACGAUGCGUUGGACAACUUGCGGCGCGUCAUGCCUUGUUACUCCAAGACCCAGAAGCUCUCCAAAAUCGAGACACUGCGGCUGGCCCGCAACUACAUCUGGGCUCUAUCGGAGGUUCUGGAGAGUGGCCAGUCACCCGAGAGCCUUGGUUUUGUGGAGAUGCUAUGCAAGGGGCUUUCACAACCUACCAGCAACCUUGUGGCAGGCUGCCUCCAACUUGGACCCUCGUCCAUGCUGAUCAACAAGCUGGAUGAAAAGUGUGGGGUUCCAGGAGUAGGUGGUCCACAGGGUCACCCCAUUAGCUAUCCUUCUCCGGGACUUCCCAGUCCACCCUACGGCUCAUUGGAGGCCUCACACAUGCUUCAUCUGAAGGGCUUCAAGGGGGCUAACUACGAGAACUCCUCACCCAAUGAAUGUAGCAGCGGCACGCCACCUUACGACGGCCCUCUUACUCCACCACUCAGCAUCAGCGGCAACUUUGCCCUCAAGCAGGAGCCGUCGCCACAUGAGGCUGAGAGGAACUUUACACCUCACCCGACCCACGCCGCCCAUUACAUAUCCUCACACCCUUACCCACCUUCCUCCUUGGUUGGUCUUCCAGCUCCUCAGGGUCACCCGCUGUUCCCAGGCUCCCGUUUUGAGCUUCCUUUAGAUAUGGCUUUCGAGCCGUUUACCCCUUCACACAUUGUGACAUCACAGAUGAGCAGCAUUUACAGUGAAUAAACAGAAAUGACCACCAGAGACACUCAGCAAUUCUGCCUCCUGCUCCUCAGUGUGCCUUCAGGGGCGCAGCACAUUUAAGGAGACACUUUGCAUGUAUCCUGUCUGAUCCCUUAAGAGACCAUAGCGGUCACUGAGUGAGAGUAUCUGAAACGCAACCUACCUGUGGCAACUGAAGUACUGAGAAAGAGAUGCAUAUUUUUUGUUAAUUUAUUCUUGUUUUUGUCAUGACUGAGUUUGUUACUUCUUUAAAUGUUAUUUUUAAUUGUUCUGGGAUUUGUAUUCUGUAUGAUGUUCUUCACCUCAAAUAAGAUGACGACUUUGGUGCACAUGCCAUAAAAGUGCAUCAAAACUGACACACAGACAAGAUUUUUAGAUGCAUACAGAGAGUAAGAAUCUCAGUAUUUUUCAGCACUGUUCAACCAGAUGCUG